GUAGACGAUUAGCGCUCAACACACGCGGAGAAGCUAAAAAAUACAAUUGCCUGACGCCAGCAGAAUUAUUGCAGCGUUUAAGCAGCGGCGCCAGCUGCACACCAACCACAUCCACAACCACAAGCACCACACCAAUAGCAGAACCCACUACACCUGCAAUCCCCACACCAUCCCCAACAACAACCACAACAACAACAACAGACACAAAAGACUGCGACGAGAAUUCGCGCGAAUUCACGGCAACAACACCAACUCUUUCUAUUAUAGCAAGCAUACCAAAAGCGAACAGCCCAAAGCAGCAGCCAAUAGACGAAAACGUCGACGCAAACGCAAACACGGAUGACGACGUUGACGUUGACGUCGGCAUCGAAGCACCAAAGCCGCGUUUUUACGGCACGGGUGUUGUACUAACCCAAGCUCAACGUAAAGAAUAUCCCGUUGAGAUUGUCAGUCGACGACGUGCUCCAAUAGAUUUUGAUUUGGAAGAGGAGGAGGAGCAGAACAGUCGGCCAGAUUUGCGCAGCAGUGACGCUGCCAGCAGCGACAGUGACUCUGACGGCGGCUGCAAACUUAUUGUAGACGAAAAGCCUUUGUUGCCUGUAGACAAGCCAUUGUCAUUGCGUUUGCGCAACACACCGCCUCCGCCCGAAAAACGACCAAGUCCGCCGCCUCCACGUGAGCCGGCUGUACGCUGUAGCGUUAUCCAGCGUGCUCCUCACGCCGGAGCACAUCAGUCGCCCAGUAGCUCGCCCUCGCCUUCGCCCACCCUUCAGCAGAACGAACAAGAUCAGCACCAUCCGAAUCAUCAGCUCUAUCAGCGCCCAGUCCCGGGUGACGUGCUCUUGCCCUUAAGCGCACUUGAUCAUCUCGGACCAGAACAACAGGAACCUAUCGAUUAUCACGUGCCGAAGAGACGCAGUGCGUCCUACGAUAGUGACGAGGAACUUAACGCUCGGCGAUUAGAGCGUGCUCGUCGAGUGCGUGAGGCACGUCGCCGGAACACGAUUUUGGCAGCUCGUGUGCUGCUCGCACAGUCGCAACGGCUAAAUCCGCGCUUAGUACGCAGCUUGCCGGGUAUUUUGGCAGCAGCAGCGGGACACGGACGAAGCACCAGUUCCUCAUCUGGUGCUGCCGGUCAGGGUUUUCAGGCAUCUGGCUUUGGAGGCAACGGUGGAGCUGCCGGCAGCGGACAGAGUCCUAGUGGCGGAGCCGGUUCGCCUAGCGGCGGUUUUGGUGGCGCACUCGGCGGUAGUGGAGCAGGAGGCGGUGGAAUGGGUGGCGGACGUGACGGACGCAGCAACUACGGACCAAAUUCACCACCAACAGGCGCUCUGCCACCAUUUUACGAAAGCCUGAAAGGCGGCCAGAAUACGGCCACCAAUAAUACGGCCGCACAGUCAGCCAACGGCCAAUCCGCAUUCAACGGAAAUCCGAAUUUUCUAAUACAAAACGCAGCCGCAGCUGCCUAUAUAAUGUCAGCAGCAAGUGGUAAUGGAGGGAACGGAGGCGGGGGUGGUAGCCAGCAGUUUCUCAAUUGUAAUGGCGCAGGCGCCAAUGGAUCCACUGGAGGAGCAGCAGGAGGAGGAAAUGGAGGUAGUGGUGGUGGUGGUGGAGUAAGUGGUGGUGGCACCCACGGCGCCGCUCAUGAUGCUUACGGCAUAAUACUCAAGGAUGAGCCGGAUAUUGAGUACGACGAGGCCAAGAUCGAUAUUGGAACCUUUGCCCAAAACAUCAUUCAAGCAACGAUGGGGAAUCCGGGAAACUUCAAUGCCAGCGCCUACGAAGACGCUAUCAUGUCAGAUCUGGCUACAGCACAAUGUCCCAACGGCACAGUCGAUCCGCUGCAAUUCACCGCCACACUUAUGCUCAGUUCCCAAACUGAUCAUUUGCUCGAACAGCUUUCUGAUGCGGUCGAUUUGAGCUCCUUUCUACAGCGAAGCUGCGUCGAUGAUGAGAACUCCACCAGUCCACGCCAGGACUUCGAAUUGGUCUCAACACCAUCUCUGACACCGGACUCUGUGUCAGUGACCCCCGUGGAGCAAAGUGUGGCCACCGCCCAGCUGGACGCUUUGCAUGAGAAUCUUUUGACGCAGCUAACCAACAACAUUACUCGCAAUGGUGGUAGCUCUGGGUAUGGCUUUGAACGAAACAGUCAACAACAUGUUGCAAAUGCACAGCAGCAACAUCUGCAGCAGCACCAGCAGCACACGCAACACCAGCAACAGCAACACCAUCAUCAGCAGCAACAGCAGCAGGCGCCACCGCCCUCAUAUCAGCAUGCAACUCGCGGUCUUAUGUUACAGCAACAACAGCAACACGGCAAUUAUCAGCAGACACAGCAGCAGAAUUCGCUGAUUCCACAACUAAUGCUGCCACAGCAGCAGCAACAGCAUCAAGCGCAGCAGCAACAUCAAUCGCAGCAACAACAACAACAGCAUCAUCAACACGCCAAUGGCUAUCAACAACAACAGCAUAAUCUUUACGCGCAACAGCAACAACAACACCAAGCCCAACAACAGUCACAUCAGGCGCAACAACAGCAUGCCCACCAUGCCUUCCAUCAGCAGCAACAACAACAGCAGCAGCAGCAACAGCACUCGCAUCUACAUCAUGCACAUCACCAUGGCAGCGACAACAGCAAUUUGUCGCUUCCUUCGCCAACUGCGGCCGCUGCAGCUGCUGCUGCAGUACAUCUGUCGGCCCAUCGUCCCAUGUCGAGCAGCAGUUCGGGCGGUGGUUCGUCCAAUGCCGGCGGCGGCAGCAGCAGCUCAAGCGGUCUGCUUGAUGCAAAUGUGGCUGCAGCCGCUCUGUUGGACACCAAGCCACUUAUCCAAAGCGUAAGUUCCCUUCCUAUAAUAUUUGACCCUUUACUACCCAUGCAGCAGCCCAAAGACAAGAACAGAUUUUGUGAGACCCAAGUGAUCAGGCAAUUGACCCCCCACAACACACAGGCUUUGCCAUAUGUAUGCUUUCCGUCGACUCCCUUUAAACAGGAGAGCGAUGUAGAAUCGUCAAGAAGGGGCAUCAGUGCGACUAUUGUAAGCCGGAGUAGCCCCAGUAAAAAAAGCUGCAGCAACAAAGUUCAGCCCGAGGUUAUUAUCAUACCCAAAACAGAGGGUGAGCCAGCAUCUAUGGACGCGGCAAUGGAUGCAGCCACCUUUUUGGGCAAGACAAAGAACCCUGAAGAAAAUACUGAUAAGCUAAGUGGGAAUGGAAGUAGCAGUAGCGGUACCGGUGGCGGCAAUGCAAAGCCGGGAAAGUUGAAAACCCGUGCCUGUGCUGCCGCUUAUGGCACCACCUUAGUCACAUUCAUAUCAACUACAUCCACAAAUAGUGAAGUUCCGCAUCAAGCACCAACUGUGCACCGAACAACACUACGGUCUUUGGCUUCGGCAGCGGCGGCCACAGCGGCCGGCUUAAUGCCGCCCUCACCCAGCGUGGCGAUUCUGAAUAAGAGCAAGAUGUUGCAGCAGCGGCUGGGCUUGCCACCGGAUCUCCAUCUGGAAUUUGUAAAUGGCGGUCAUGGCAUCAAGAAUCCGCUUGCUGUGGAGAAUUCACAUGGUGGCCAUCACCACCGCAUACGCAACAUUGAUUGCAUCGAUGAUCUCAAACACAGCCACCAGCAGCAGCAGCAGCAACAACAACAGCAGCAGCAGCAGCAACAUUCCCACCAGCAACAACAACAGCAGCAGUCGCAGGUGGCUCCGCAUCUUGGCCACAGUGGCAAUGGAAACAACAACAGCCACAGCAGCAACAGUAGCCAAAGCAGUCAGAGCAGCGUCAAGGGUGGCAGCCAUCAUAACGGCAGUUUGGGUGAUGUGAGUAUGUGCGGCAGCAGUGCCAACGGUGGAUCGAACAGCGCCGAGGAUCCUGCCAACAAGUUUGUGUGUCGUGUGUGCCUGAAAACGUUCUCGCUGCAGCGUCUGCUCAACCGUCACAUGAAGUGCCACUCGGACAUCAAACGCUAUCUGUGCACAUUCUGCGGCAAAGGAUUUAACGACACCUUCGACCUAAAGCGUCACACCCGCACACACACCGGCGUGCGUCCCUACAAGUGCAACUUGUGCGAGAAGAGCUUCACCCAGCGCUGCUCGCUCGAGUCGCAUUGCCAAAAGGUGCACAGUGUCCAACACCAGUAUGCGUAUAAGGAACGACGCGCCAAGAUGUACGUGUGCGAGGAGUGCGGCCACACUACCUGCGAGCCGGAGGUCCAUUAUCUUCAUCUGAAGGACAACCAUCCCUACUCGCCGGCGCUGCUAAAAUUCUACGAUAAGCGCCACUUUAAGUUCACCAAUUCGCAGUUCGCCAACAAUUUGCUGGGCCAACUGCCCAUGCCGGUGCACAACUAGGCGGUGAAGUUGUAGCUCCGCCUCCCCACAUCACACUCUUUAGCUAGAUUUAUGCAUAUAAUUACGGAUAUAGACAUUACCUAUGUAUGUACUUAGCGCUAUGUUGCUUAACGUGACUCUGAAGUUUUUGAAAACUGCCCACGGAAGGAGAUUAUGUUCGUAACUGUAGAUUUUUUAGUUAAUGUAAUUAAAACUUUGGCUAGAAUUUGCUGUGCAAAAAAAAAAAAAACAACAACAUUAUGGAAUAGAAACACACAUCUUAGGGGGCACAUUUGAAUAAGCUUAAAAUAUAUUUUUUUUUAUAGGUUAGAUUUUGUUUUCUAUUUUGUAGUUAAAUUUUUCGCAAACCAUGAAUUUGAUUUACUUGAGUUUCGAAUUCCUUAAUUUUUUUAUAUUUAUUUUAUUAUAGCUGUUAAGCUUAAAAUCCAUUUUUGAUAUUUUUUUAAGAAUAAAGUUCAGGCUACGCUUUAAGGAAAAGCUUCCAUAUGCCCGUCGAAAGUACGUUAGGUAAAAAGAGAAAUAAAACUAUUUACUAAUUGCUUUAAGCAACCACGUAGUCUCCCUAAGUAUUUAAAAAGUGGUAAGAACAACCACCAACGUUAUAUUUUGAGUUUAGCAUUAGAAUAUAAGUACUUAGCAAAAUGAACAACCGCAACCUUAUGCAUUUAUUUACAAGCAUUAACACAAUUACACGAAACAUUUUCACGAUCAUACCAAGUACCAAGUAUAGGCAAGAUUUUGACUGUUUGUAGAGCUAUCUAAGUAUAUUAAUGGCAGUACAUAGCAUAUGCGUGAAUAAAUCAAAGUAUAGCUACCAGAGCAGCGGAAGUGUAGCUGAGCUGAUGCUCUACACUCAAUGCACUAAUAUGUAUUAUGAAAAGGCAUAAACCUACACUUUAAAUAUACAUACGUAUAUAUUCGAUAUAUAUAUAUUUAUUACAAACUAAUUACUUAAGAAACUCAUACAUACACACACACACAUUAACACACAUAAAUACACAUACGUCAUGUAAAGAGGCAAAAACCAACAUAAACAAGAAGUAUAUAAUCAAUCGAAUAAGCCAAUUAUGUUUUUAGAUGUAAGCACAAAACAAUGAUUUGAUAUAUAAAGCUACUGCUAAAUGCUUAUGCUUAUGUGUGCUGUUCAUAAAUGAAGUCAACGCGAUAAUUAUAUAGAGAUUAGAUUUAUUUUUAGUAUUUUUUAUUAGGCAUAUAAGCAGCAAUUAAAUAAUAAUCAACAUUGUACGCAUUUUCUCUGAAGCAAAGCAAAAACUAAUGAACGAUUCUUUAUUUUAAUUUGUUGUAGCUAGCUUUAAACGAAAAACGAAAUACUUUUAAGCAUAACGGUCUACCAAUUGUACUGAUUUAUAAACAAAAACAAAAGCAAACAAAUAAGGAAUACAAACGAUACAAUUUAAUUUCUCUAGUUGGUACGCAAGUUUAUUAUAAAGGCUCUAGUUCUAAGGCAUAACUUUGUUUGUGAACAGCAGCUGAGCAGCGAAUUGAAUUGAAUUGUUUUUGACCUAGGACUAGAAAUAAUAUUAAACACGUACGCGAUUACUUUA